CACGUCCCUGCCGGGAACAGGUAUAAGGCGAUCAUCUGGUCCUCGUGAGAAUUUUGCAAACGCCUGAAUACCAGCCUCUUCUUCCCGUUACUACCACCACCAAACUUUUCUUUACCCAAAGUCAAUCUUUGUUCCACAGCAGCCCAGUCUUUCUAUCGACUUGACUUUCGCGCUCUUCUUGCCAGGUACUGGUACCCGGUAGUGAGCCUCCACGUCUUUGCUUUUGCCAUUUCCAGGUGAUCGCAAGCCCCACGGAAUGAACAUAAAAGAUUUGCUGAACCCUUCUUGCGGUGAUCGCCAUGACCAUCGCUAUCCAGAGUCUCCGACACCAUCACCACACCCGGUAGCGAUAUUGCCAGCGCUUAGGCGACAAAAGAUACCGAAGGAUGCUCCAAUCUUUUCUGAAGGCAACAGAACCGUGGGAAUAGUCAACUUUGUUCCUCACGAAGCGAGAAACGACGAGAAACUCCUUGCACAGCACCGUAGAUUCCAGAUCUACCCGUUGGGUGAGAUCUCCAGGAAGGGAGUUCGACACAUCCCAUACAACAGCGAUAAGAAAGACUUUCUUGAGAAGACUGGACGCGAUGCAUUCGAAAUGUUCCAGUACACGUACAAGCUCCCUGAUGAAGAUAAGCCGUAUGCCGUUGUCUGGGACUACAACAUCGGCCUCGUCCGUAUGACGCCUUUCUUCAAGUCGUGCAAAUACUCAAAGACAAUACCCGCAAAGGCAUUGAGAGAGAAUCCCGGGCUCAAGGAUAUCAGCUAUAGUAUAACUGGGGGCGCUCUGGUGUGUCAAGGGUAUUGGAUACCGUACCAGGCUGCCAGAGCCAUAGCUGCAACCUUCUGCUAUGACAUUCGAUGGGCGCUUACUCCUGUCUUCGGCAACGACUUUCCUUCAAUUUGUCUGACGCCAGAUGAUCCCUGUUUCGCAAAGUUUGCCAUUGACCCAACCAUCGUACGGUACUGUACUGAGGAAACCACAAAAUUUCAAGAACUUGGAUCUGCGUAUGAAGUCCAUAGGCCAGUCGCCCCGACACAAGUGGAGGCACCGACGUGGCGCUCUGAACAGCCACCACUCAACGCCCGAGUUGUCAGGCAACGGCGCGCGCGACCGGUAGAUAUAGAGAGCGGAUAUGGAACCGAUACAGAGCGAAACGACAGGUAUCUCUUUUCUCCUGAGGUAUCUCCACGCACUCGCUUCACGCCCAUCAAUCGGCCACACUCGCCGUACUCUCCCCGCAUAGCAGAGUCUUCGUUUGUGAGCUCACCCGUCAGCAUGCGUGCGCCCCCAGGAUUGCAUACGCCGACAUCAACUCCAUAUGAGUACUCUGGCGAGGUCUUCCGGGCAAAGCGGUCGCAUUCCAAGGUAGUGUUUUGCGAGCAUCUUGCCGACGAAGCUGUCAUUCGCCCUCCAACAGCCGCCACAGUCGACAGUGCACACAGAUGCGACAUGUGCGUUGGUGACGAUAACCACAGCCACGUCGAUAUGGACGCAGCAGAGAUGUUGCUUUCGCUGCGUACAGCGGAUAAUGCGAUGCCACCAUCAAAGCGUAUGCGUCGGGGUUCAUGAUGUUCGAAAUAGUGUAUGCCAACUUCCUGUUCUGAGGACGGUGAUGACUAAAGCAUGGCGGUUGAUGCCUUCCUUUUCCGUCUGCUCAUGACGUUUGCUAGCCUUUCCAGCGUUUCUUGUCGGUACACUCGUCGAGCAACUUUAUUUAGUUCAGUUUGUGCAUUUCAGUAUUAAGAGGACGCACCAUCAGCGCCUGGGUACGGUCAUAUGCUAUGUUUACAUGUUUAUGCGGUCAUAUCCAAUGAAUAGAAAAGUGCAUUUGCAAUCCAAUGUCGAAAAGAUCAGACA